UGCGAGCAGCCGCAGUCUCUUCGAACGCCUCAAAUCAGGCAGGUGGGCAAGUGUGAAUGUCGUACAGCACGGCGUGCUAGUGUGUUGGAACAUCCGAAUUGUAUUGCGAAUUCUGCUCCUGUUUCUUCUAUCAAUCUUCCCUCAAAAAAUAGAGCUUGGCGUAUGUGUUUGUGACAGUGUAUGCGUGUGUGUGUAUUUAUAUCAGCAAGUUUCAUUGGCAAAGAGAACGAACAUAACCACAGCCACACGCACGCAGUUUUCGCAUGGUUCCUCGGCCAUCGAACGGUUUCUCGCUGCGUUGGCGAUUCGUGUCGAUACGAGAGGAGCAGCUGCUGCUGUCGAAUGUUCUCACCUGCACGCUGCUCGUGGUAACGACUUUACAUCACAAGCCGUGUUCAGUUAGUGCUCAUUAGUGUUACUACUGUAUUGUGUAGACGACUGUACCGAGUAUUUGGUGUUUUGUGAAAUUGUGCUUUUACAGUAGUAAGAAUCGCGUAUGCUCUUCUCCAAACACAGUUGAGGGGACAGGGAAAAUUUAAUCAACACACCAUGGAGCUCUUCGAGAAAGGAAACGUCGUAUACAUUAUGCGAAGCGAUGGUCGAAUCCAUACGGCAAUCGUAUCACGGUUCCAUGAAGCCACUCGCUCGGUUACGGUCGAAUGGUACGAAAGGGGCGAAUCGAAGGGGAAAGAGAUCGAGAUCGACAUGUUGCUCGAGCUUAACGAAAAGCUCCAGCAUCAACCGUGUCAACUGGAGCCGGUGCAAGAAGAAAAUUCGGAGACGCAAAAGAUAACGCCCGCGCCUGCCAACCUAGCACGUCGUUCGAGUUCCAUCGAGGACGAAGAGGAUGCCCAGCUAGAACAAACGAAUAAAACGCAAGCCGUAAUUCGCUUCCAGAACCUGAUGGCGCAACGUGCAGAAUCGGCCAAAGCGGGGCAACCGGUAGCUUCUGAUUUCAGUCGUCCCACCAUGGUCAGUGGUCAGUUGAACCGCAUGGAAACAACCAGUACCGGUCGCAUAGUCAAUGCCGCACGAAACAACAACAGCAACAAUCACAUUGGUCGUUCUACAAUAACCACCAACAGAAUGGUAGAGCCAGCAACGGAAUCCAGAACACAGCCGAAGGCUCUGGGAAAAAUGUCCAUAGUGAACAAUGUACAGCAGCAGCAGCAGCAGCAGCAAGCGGCCGCACCGACUACUGCCCAAGUCAACACGGUCACGAACAAUUCGGUCGCCGGUUCGAUACCGCGCAAAUCUUCCUGCGUCGUUACUGUCGGCAUGAUGGAGGAAAACCGGAUCAAGCAGCGCGACAUGUUUAAAGUGAUGCGCGAAAAGAAAAACGCCUUGAUGAAUCAGGAUGGCGGUAACCCCAACUGGGAAUUUAUCAACAUGAUCCGGGAGUACCAGAGCACGAUCGAUUUCAGGCCGCUAGUGGAAGGCCAACCGGUUGACAUUCAUCAGAUAACGGUGUGCGUGCGGAAGCGGCCGCUUAACCAGAAGGAAAUGACGCGCAAGGAAGUAGAUGUGGUGUGCAUACCUAACAAGAAUACGCUGAUCGUGCACGAACCGAAGGCAAAGGUCGAUCUUACGAAAUAUCUCGACAAUCAGAAGUUCCGGUUCGAUUACACCUUUGACGAAACUUGUUCCAAUGAGAUGGUUUACAUGUAUACCGCAAAACCAUUGGUCCAAGCAGUGUUUGAAGGAGCGAUGGCAACCUGUUUCGCAUACGGUCAGACUGGGUCUGGCAAGACGCAUACGAUGGGCGGCACAUUUAACGGUCGCUCCCAGGAUAGCAAUAAUGGCAUUUAUGGGUUAGCUACAAGGGACAUUUUCGAACUACUGCAAAGCUCUAAGUAUAGGUCGAACAAUCUUGUCGUUUCGGCAAGCUUCUACGAAAUCUAUUGCGGCAAUGUUUUCGAUCUCUUGUCGAACAAGAAUAAGGCACGCGUCCUAGAAGAUGGGAAGAAACAGGUACAGGUUGUUGGUUUGACGGAACGUGAAGUCUACUCGGUAGAGGAGGUUCAGGCCAUCAUCAGUAGUGGCACAAACUUGCGAACAUCCGGUCAAACUGCGGCAAACUCGAACUCGUCUCGCUCACAUGCCAUCUUUUCGCUCACGCUGCGCGUGAAGGGAACUACCAAGGUACACGGCAAAUUUUCCUUCAUCGAUCUGGCCGGUAACGAGAGAGGCGCGGACACGGUUUCUGAAAAUCGGCGCACUCGCUCAGAAAGUUCGGAAAUCAACAAAUCGCUCCUAUCGCUGAAAGAAUGCAUUCGCGCACUCGGGCGCAAAAAGCAUCUUCCGUACCGUGGCAGCGUCUUGACGAAAGUCCUUCGUGAUUCGUUUAUCGGCAAAAAUAUAAGAACCUGCAUGAUUGCGAUGAUUGCGCCCGGGAUGACAUCGUGUGAGCACACACUCAACACUCUCCGGUACGCGUACCGCGUGAAGGAACUGGCCGUCAUCGACCCGGACGAGCGGGUCGACCCAGAAGAGGAUUUGAUUGAAGGCGAUGAACCCGUCAAUGGCGGUGUACACAACUUCAACGACCUAGAACAGCUACGUUCGCUUAACGAAAACGAGAUGACGAUGGAGCUAUAUAAUCAACAUAAGGCCAUAUCAGAUUUGCAGCAGAAAGAAGAGGAAGUGCUAGAUAAUCAUCAGCGUGUAAACGAAUUUCUGGAAAGGUUCUUGCCAGAAGCAAAGGAACUGUACAACCUCACGAAUCUGGUGGAUUACGAUCAAGAUGCCUACUGUAAGCGCGGAGAGGAGCUCUUUACACAGCUUGCCGAAGUUGCCAAUUCUUUCAAGGAUCUAAUGUCCGAGUUCCGUACGAAAUUAUCUCAAGAGGAGAUGGUGUCACAAGCAGCUAAAUUGAGCCAUCGCAAGUAAAGCCAAUCGUGCAGUGUUAUGGACGCGUUUCACGUUUUCCUUAACUAUACUAAUACACCAACUGAGAACGAGUUAUGGGCCUCUCCACAUGCACUAACCGUCAACCUUGCGGACGUGCGAGCCCGUACACGCCGAGAGAACCAAAUCAACGUCCAUCAAAAUCUUCAAAGGAACUGUAAAAAUGUAGCGUUGCAUAACAUUAGUGUAGUAACUUAUAUAUUUUUUCUAUUGGCAAUCUUUAGUUCUGCUUUUUACCUCGUAUUGUUCUGUGGCAUUUUGCUUGUGAACACUUGUCGUGGAAAGUGUUUUCUUUUUUAAUUUCGUUGCAUUAGUUUUAAUAUCAUUUUUUACAUACAAGCUAUCAUCGAUUUUUCCACACCUUUUCUCUGUGGUACGUUCUGCUUUUUGAUCAGUUCCUAGCUCAGUACUUCUUGCUGCCAUAGUCAGGCCACGCAUCCGUUUACAAUAAACUCGCUUCAUUCUGCUAACCCAUGACUGCAAUUGAUCUUCAACAGCUCAGACGUCAUUUAAUUGCCUUGAACAAGUUGUAAAAAUUCCUCUUCGCUUCUUCGUGCUGAAUGGUUCGAGUCUCUUCCUGGUGGAACAUGAAUCUAGAAUCAUUAUCACGUGAUCCAAACGUCGUCUCAUUUAGCUUUACUGUAACUAUUUUGUUAGAUGAAGCAAACAACUCAUUAUGACUACUACUACUGUAUUAAUCACUUUCACCGCAACUCCUCAACAAGUUUACAGUUCGGGCACUGGAAAUAUUAUCGUUUGAUCUUGCGUAGGUAACAAUAUGGCGUGAGUAAUGUGACCAAACCCAAUGUCUUUUUUAACGCCGAUAAAAAAAAGAAGCAAAAUAAUAAUAUUUAACGAAGCGUUGAAAACAAGUAAAUUUGCCACAACAAAUCUAUAUCCCUUUUUUACUGCAAGUUUCUCUUUAAUUUUCUCGAUGAAUGAAAGCACGCAUAGUCAUGAUGAUUGGUAUUUUAUGUUUUAAGAACAGAUGUGAAAUAACGCUAAAAUAGAAUCGAAUUGAAUGCAUGUACCGAGUGUGAUGACCCUUGACAGGUUUCCACCCGUGGUUGUAAGUAACUGAAGAAUAAAGGGCACAAUAAAAGCACCAAGUUCAGAAGCGGAACAUUCCUAAGAAAGUUCGUUGUUCAAACAAUUGUCAAAAUUUGCAAAUCAUUUAUGAAGGUUUAGUUGAUGCUCUUAUAUAGAUGUGCGAGUUGCUUAUAGUAUACCGGGCGUGAAAUGGAAGUGGUUGUCUUGUUUGCUCAAAAGUGUUUUCACUUUUACGAUGAGCUCAGCGUGCUCUGGGUGCUAGCGGCAGUAUUGUGUAAUAUUAAUCCUCAAUUGCUUUGAAAACUUAAUUUGCCAAAAAAAAACUAUGGUUAAUACUAUUAUGAGGUGAAAAAAAACACGACUCAUCUCAACCUAAAGUACUCCCCCCAAAACCUCCAAUACAAGGCAUUCCUUUCCACCCGACUUUUUAGAAGGGAAGUUCGAUGAAUAUAUCAUAUCAUAAUUUGAUUUGUUUUUGGUUUUUUGAAAUCGUUUCCGAAUGUUACGAGUGACACAUUAUGAAUAAGUUUAUACAGUUUAAUGCGACAAUAGAGAUCCGAAAAAAAAACACAAGUAAUGAAACUAAUUAACUAAUAAGAACCAUCAUUUACCGAUGACCGAUUUAUUCACCGCUAAGUGUAGUAAAUGACACUACAUGACAUACAGAGUGCAUAAGAUGGAAAAUAAGUAAUGAAAAAGCAAAACAAAUACGAUGCCAUUGUUAUGGCGCAAAUGCUGUAGAGUAACAAAAAUCCCAGGGCACGCAGAAAUUACGAAACUUCUAAUGUGUGUACACGAUAUGAAAAGCUAUCUGUAAUUAUGCAGUUACGAAUUAAACCCCUAAAUUGUUGUAAUAUUAUUAUCAUUAGAAUUAUUACUACUUCUUAUAGAUAUUAUUAUUAUUAUCAUAAAUAUAAUAGAAAAGCUGUUCUGUAUCCUAACGAAAGCAAUUUCUGUACCGGAGCGCGCAAAUCAACGUGAUAUGUUAAAACAGAAGAAAAACACACGACAGCAAAAUGACAUAAAAUUAUAUAGGCAAACACAUUAUUGAAAUUAGAGCGAAAAAUGUCCUCAUGGAAGGGAGUUUGCGUGUGUAAGGCUUUGCAGGGAAGCGAGUGUUGGUGAUGUGUGUGGCGUGGUGCUUUACCGUUGGAUCCCUAUGGGAACAAGAAGAGAUUAGUAGAGGGUUGAAUUAGAUUUGUUUAGAUCACAAUUUCAAAACUCUCCUGUGUGUGUGGAUGUGGGUGUGUGUUUGCUUUUGUUCUAUAUCAGGACAAAAGUGAAAGCAAGAUAAUAAGUCGUAAAUUGCAGAUGUGGGCAGUAAAUAUUUGGAUCGUUUGUGAAGCGUAGGCAAAAAAGGAAGCUGCCAGCCAUCAACAUUUAUAGAAACAUUAUGAGGUAUAUACAAGACUGGCUGAAAGGACAACACACAAAACAAUUGAUUUAUAAUUAAAUGUUUUCAAAAUUUCAAAAAUUAUGAGUUUCUUUUCACUUCUCUCUCCCUCUCUCUCUCUCUCUCCCUCUCCCCCUCUCUCUCCAUCUAUCUCUCUCACACGCACAUAUACACACAGAUACUCGCAGUGUUAAAUAUGCUCUCUUUAUCUGCAGAACAAAAUGCUUUUAAGCUGUGUAGAAAUAUUAAGAACAAAAACAAACGAAUAAAAAAUGUUUCCUUCUUCCCCACCAUCACACAUGCCCUAUCCCCCCCCCCUCGCAAAACCACCCAACUACCCGGUUGGAUCUGUCAUAAGCUUUGGUUAUGGAUGAUGUUUUUCCCACGUUCUUCAAAUUCUUUUUAGCACAUUAGAAACAAGACAAAGAAGAACAAGACAAAAAGACAUUUAAAACAUUGUGGAGGUGUAAGGGUUAUGUUUAAUUAUUAUAAAAAUAAACUAAACAAAAUACCAAGCUAACGUUUUCCCCGUAACACACUCAUAGGCAAAUUUAAAACCCUCUAACGGAUAUUUUUUUCCCGCUUCGAAUCCACCACAACAGUGUAAAGGUAAUUAAGCAUUUAAACAUACUUCUGCAAGUAUAAAGAAGCAAAACAAGAAAUAAAUGGGAAAGUUUAUUUUACAAACAAGCAAAAGAAAAUACAAAACGAAAUAAAUCUUUAUCGAAACCUAAAAGAAGGCAAAGCAAAUGAAUGGUUGCAAUGAAGAGUAAGACAAACGAUCAAACACUUAACAAAACAAACUUGCGAUAAUGAUGAAAUGCUGUGACAUGGAGGAAAUCCCAAGAGCGUGAGUGCGAAUAAUAAAAUUAACAAAAGAGAGUGAGAGAAAAAUAUGACGUGGGGAUAAGUAAGAGGUUGAAGCAAUCAUUGAUAAUGGUUGAUAUUGGCUGGUAUAGAAUUGAAAAUAAAGAUCUAGAGCUGAUGUGCUUUGAGAAAACAACGAUAGGAACAGUUGAAGAGAGUGUAUGAGAAAGACUAAGCGUAGAAGAGAGAGAAAGAGAGAGAGAAGAGAAAGAGAGAGAGAAGAGAAAGAGAGAGAGAAGAGAAAGAGAGAGAGAAGAGAAAGAGAGAAAGAAGAGAAAUAGAGAAUGAGUUAAAGCAUUAUGAAACGAGAUUAAGUAGAUAGAUAGAUAGAAAAGAAGAACGUUAACAAGGAUUGCAAGAAUGAGUUUUUUAUACUGCAGAACCAAUAAAUAAUAGAGAAACAAGAGAGAUAAUUGACAAAACAGAAAUUGAAAGCGAACAAAACGAAUGGAACAAAACAGAAGAAAAGAUAAAGGUUGAAGUAAAACGAGAGUGGCGGGUUUUCAAUAAA